AUGCCGUUAUUGCGUUACGGAUGUCUGUUAUUAAAUGUGAUAUUGAUAAGCGAAUUUCAUGUAACGUUAGCAGAAGAUGAAUGCAGUACGAAUUCUGAAUGUGAAUUUUUAGGAUUACCUGAAUUAUCUCCAGUUUGUUGUAAAGGAAAGUCUCGAGAUAGUGAGCGAACUUGUCAAGUCCUGAACUGUAAAGAUCGAUACUGUAUUACAGAUGGCGACUGUGGGGGGAUGGAUGAAUGUUGUUUGAAUAACAAUUGUGCUGUUUCAAACCGUUGUCCGCAAUGUACUACGAAUUCUCAUUGCGCCCCUUCAGAAUAUUGCUGUAAGCGAGAUAUCUUCGUCAAUAUAUGCCGGCGUAGUUGUGUUGGGGAGAAAUGUAACGGAGAUAGUGACUGUGGAGCUCCUAGUGAAUACUGUUACAAUUAUGAAUGUUCGAAUUCACCUAAACUUUCAGACUGGCUGGCCACAUUUAAUAGCUUCGCAUUGUCUAUCUUUCUUGCUUGUGCUAUCUUAUUCGUUCUAAUAGUAAUCAGGAGAAUAUAUGGGACAGUGACACAACGACCUGCACGAAGGUAA